AUUCUCAUGAUGGCGAACAGGGUGAUUGGGCGAGUACCUGUUGCAAGAUUGCACGGACGGCGCACCGAGUACAAGAAAGUGCAUCAACUACAAGUAAUGAGAUGUAGUCACACAGCGUUGGAGAAGUUGACGUUUAGUUACGCCCAUGGAGCCAGCUCUACCCCUUUGUUUGGCGAGACUAUUGGCAAGAGGCUCCAGCACCAGGCGGAGAUCAACCCUGACAACGAGGCCAUCGUCUUCUCUCGUGACAAUGUCAGGCGGACAAUCUCACAGCUGCUGGACCAGGCGGACCAGCUCGCGGCCGGCUUGCUGCAGCUCGGGGUGGGACGAGGGGAGAGGGUCGGUAUAUGGGGGCCCAACUCCCUCGAGUGGGUUCUCACUCAGUACGCCACAGCCAGAGCAGGAAUCAUACUGGUGAACAUUAACCCCCAGUACAAGGAGCAGGAGCUGGAGUACGCCCUGAACAAGGUGGGAUGUAAGGCUCUGAUAGCGGCCCCAGGCUUCAAAGAUGUCGACUACUAUCAACUGUUAUUCAAGAUCAUCCCCGAAUUGGCCACAGCUCCCCCUGGAGAUAUCCACAGUCACAUCCUCCCACAGUUCAAGAUGCUCAUCAUGAUUGGGGACCACCAGUACAGAGGGGCGCUCAAAUUCUCUGAUGUGAUGGAAGCAGGAACUAGCAAGGACAGAGCAGCCAUCUUGGAUUUGCAGAGGCGUCUGCAGUUUGAUGAUCCAAUCAACAUUCAGUUUACAUCAGGGACGACGGGGUUUCCCAAGGGCGCCACUCUGUCCCACCACAACAUCCUGAACAACAGCUACAUGGUCGGCCAGAGACUUGGCUACCACCAGAGGGAGACCCGUGUCUGUAUGCCGGUGCCACUGUACCACUGUUUCGGGAUGGUGUUGGGCUGCCUCCAGAUCCCCUCCCAUGGGGCGUGCUGCGUCUUCCCAUCUCCCAGCUUUGACCCCGAGGCCACACUACAGGCCGUGGAGCAGGAGAGAUGCACGUCACUGUACGGAGUGCCGACGAUGUUCAUCGACAUGCUGAACCACCCCAACUUCUCCCGCUACGACUACACCUCCCUCUACACUGGCGUCAUGGCCGGGUCGCCCUGUCCUGCUGCUGUCAUGACCAAGGUCAACCAACUCAUGCACAUGCCGGAGGUGACGGUGUGCUAUGGCCUGACUGAGACCAGCCCUGUGACCAUGCAGAGUUUCCGCCACAGCCCCCAGGAGAAGAGAGUCAGCACUGUCGGCCAGUGUGGGGCACACACAGAGGCCAAGGUUGUGGACGAGGCAGGGGAGGUGGUGCCUAUUGGUACCCCAGGGGAGUUAUGUACACGGGGAUACACGACAAUGCUGGGCUACUGGGGGGACGUCGACAAGACGGCCGAGGUCAUCAAGCCAGACCGGUGGUUCUUCACAGGGGACAUCGCCACGAUAGAUGAGGAGGGCUACUGUAGAAUCGUGGGUCGGACCAAAGACAUGAUCAUCCGGGGUGGGGAGAACAUCUACCCAACGGAGAUCGAGGAGCAGCUCUACAAACACCCCAAGGUCAAGGACGUGCAGGUGAUUGGCGUGCCGGAUGAGAGGCUGGGGGAGGAGGUGUGUGCAUGCGUUCAGCUGCAGGAUGGGCAGACUACAACAGAGGCUGAGAUAAAGGCAUACUGCAAGGAGAGGCUGGCUCGCUUCAAAGUGCCGCGCUACAUCCAGUUUGUGACAGAGUACCCACUCACUGUAACGGGGAAGGUGAUGAAAUACAAGAUUCGAGAAGAUGCAGUGAAGUCCCUCGGACUUGGGGACCUCCACGCUGACUGAUGCAUCACGGCCUUGUGGCACACUGUGUCCUUCACUGAAGAAAGGGAGAGAGUCCUCUCAACGUCUGUUCACAUUGUUUCCCAAUCUCAGUAAAAUCAGAUCUAACUUCUCGCUGCCACUAAACAAAGAUCUGAGGACAUCCCUCCCAUUACGGGUCACGUCAGAACGAACUUUUGCGAACUUUGACCGACCCCUGAAACGACUAACAAGAAGUUAACAUCAGCCAAUUAAAAAGCAACUUUCACAAGUUUUACAACACUCGUUUCAACCUGGCAACUUCCAUUUUGACUACGCUUGAAAAAUAUGGUGACACAGUUCUCGAUUAAAAUUUUGAAAACUGAACAAACGAACAUUCCGGAGUGUCUAAUAUAUGGUUUGCGAUUGUAUGGCAGUGCUUCCCAAGUACUGUGCAAUGCCUCCUCUGUUCAAUCGUAAUCCCACAGGAGCAAGAGAUAGACGAUAAUUUUGACGGAAUCAGUCGUUCGGAAUACCCCGUGUCAUGUUUUCGAGAUUGCAUGAUUAGAAAACACAUUCCGACUGUAACUUUCAUGAUCUGGUAAGUGAUGCUUUGACUGGUCAGAUGAAAGGUCGUUCUGAUGUGACCUGUAAAAGGAUGUUCUUAGAUCUUUGUUUAGCGGCAGUGAGAACUAAGAUCUGAUUUUAAUGAGAUUGCAUUGUUUCCAUGUUGGCUGAGGUGUAGGUAGAGGUUUAAGCUCAGUGGACAAUAUGCAGUGAGUUCAACAGCUCAUUUUACAGUGUGAUCUUAGUGCUACAACAUUCUUUGACUACCUGUGAAGAUCCAGGGUAGAAUAGGUCUUCAGCAACCCAUGCUUGCUGUAAAAGGCGACUAUGCUUGUCGUAAAAGGCGACUAACGA